AUGCACGGUGACACUAUUCUGCAAAUGCCCACCGAUUUGCGCCCACCCACAUCGUCCUUCGAGCUCGUUCAUGAAGGCACCAGAAAGCGCAGGGGCCUUACGAGGCUCACCGUAGACAUACCAUCUUCAUAUAAACCUCAGGUUGAGAAUGAACCUCACCCACUGCCGAGAUGGAGAACGCCAGAGUUCAUCGCCUACAUUAUAAUAGUCUGCAUCGUUGUGCCAAUAAUGAUCUGGAUACCCAUUUCACUCAGCCACCCAUCACAUACUAACUAUCCGCUCUACCAGCGCCGACUGUCUAAAGGCUGGUUAUUCGGUCGCUCAGUGGAUAACAGUGAUGUACAAUACCGCUCGUUUCGUAACAACCUUCCAUCUCUCAUGCUUCUAUCUGGGGCUUUCUUCGGUUGCAAGCUACUCUAUACCCACAUUUCACGAAGGCUGACGUCUUUGUCUCCUAAUAAUUUACAUCUCGUUCCGUUCCUUUUCGCAUUUUCGUUGUUGAUGCUUGCGGGUCUUCAUGGCAUGAGCGCUGUCAAGGUCCUUGUCAUCCUCACACUCAACUAUGUGAUUGCGAAGUCAUGCCGUGGAUCAAAAUUGGGACCAGUCUUAACAUGGAUAUUCAAUGCCAUUGUCCUCUUCGCCAACGAACGCAAUGAGGGUUAUCGGUUUGCCGCUAUUCACCCGUCUCUUGAUGUUCUGGAUAAUAUAAAGGGUGUCUAUCCGCGGUGGCAUGUUAGCUUCAACAUCACAAUGCUACGUUUGGUCUCGUUCAAUAUGGACUACUACUGGGCAUGCAACAAGGCGGGCCCCGUUGAUGUGAACACCGCGUUGUCCGAAAAGCAGCGGCCCAGGAUCGCGCACUCGCUCAACACCUAUACCUAUAUGAACUAUAUUGCGUACGCGCUAUACGCGCCACUAUAUAUUGCUGGGCCGAUCAUGACAUUCAACGACUUCAUGUGGCAGCUCUCGCGACCAAUCGCUGUCCCCGUACGGACUACCAUCAGCUACCUGUUGCGCUUCGUUGUCUGCUUGCUUACCAUGGAGUUUAUCCUGCACUUCAUGUACGUUGUGGCCAUCAAAGACUCAAAGGCGUGGGGAGGCGAUACCCCUGCAGAGCUCAGUAUGAUUGGUUUCUGGAACCUAAUCAUCGUCUGGUUGAAGGCUCGUUUGCUGAUACCAUGGCGGUUCUUCCGCUUGUGGGCCCUCGCGGACGGCAUCGACCCCCCUGAAAAUAUGGUGCGGUGUAUGGCAAAUAAUUACUCGACUCUCGGGUUCUGGCGCAGCUGGCACCGCAGUUACAACCUGUGGAUCGUAAGGUACAUCUACAUCCCCCUCGGUGGCUCGAACAACGUUGUCUUCACGACAUUGCUGGUUUUCUCCUUCGUCGCCCUAUGGCACGACCUCUCGUUCAAGCUACUCGCGUGGGGAUGGCUAGUCAGCCUGUUUAUCUUGCCCGAACUGGUUGCCAGGCACCUUUUGCCCCCUAGGAAGUAUGGCACGCAAACGUGGUAUCGACACGUUUGCGCUAUCGGUGCCGUCUUCAGCAUCCUCAUGAUGAUGACCGCCAAUCUGGUGGGCUUCGUCAUCGGCACGGACGGCAUGAGCUUCAUGCUGCAGCAGCUGAUCAGCGGCUGGGAAGGUAUACGUUUCAUGGCCGUCGCGUGCGGGUGUCUAUUCGUUGCGGCACAGGUCAUGUUCGAAUACCGGGAAGAGGAGUUGCGGCAGGGCAUUGUCCGGCGUUGCUGA